AUGAUAAUCCACUUGAUUCGAAUUUGGCUCAAGUACCGUCGAGUCACCAAGUACAAGCGACUCUAUGAAAGGGCCAAAAGACGCAAUGCCUUUGGUGGUGGCAAGAAUUCGCGAUUUUAUAGAUAUGGUCGUUUUCUAUCUAAACUGUUCGAUAUUCCCCUUUUCCGUUGAAUGUAUUAGAAGAUUAUGCAAAUUUGCAAAACCGUGGUCACUCAUCGGGAAUCAGUUCGAUUGUUAUUUUUCAUCAUUGGUUUACUUUUCUCUUGGUUUUUGUUUAUCAUCUCUUACAAUUUUGAUUCAAGCUCGAAAAUUGUUCUCAUCCUGAAGAGUAUUAGUCUCGUCGGUAUUACCAGUUUAAGUAUGGCCUUUUCUCUUUACUUGCGAACUAUAGUUUGUUUAUUGUUACCCAUCGUGUUGACAUCGAAAGGUCGUUAUGUCAUCUUUUUCCUCAUAAUAAACAUCUUAAUAAACGGUCCCGUGUUGAAUACGAGGGAAAAUUUAUCCAAAAAUUGGAAAGCCAUUAAAUGUAUUGCCAAAAGUUUAGCUCGUCAAGCGGUCAGGUUGAUUAAAGAGAAUCCGGUUAUUAAAUUUUUGAUAAGCGUUGCUAAGCGAAUGAAUCAACUAUUCAGAGAGGUUGAAAAAUCGAUAAAAAGAACUAUCAAAUGGAUUAAGGAUCUCAUUGAUUCGAUAAAUGAGAUU